AUGGAGGGGCACGAAACGAUGAGAAAGUACUGGAAGAGGGAGAUAACGGUGCAAGAGAGGCGGCUGAACGGGCCGUAGAGAUGGAGCGGUGAUGCCGCUUAUUCGAUGGCAGGUUUUAUCAAAUGGCAUCGCCAAACCAAAUGAUACGAAUAGUUGGGUUUCGAGAAGAGGGUGAAGUCAAUGGGGUAUGAUUUCGCGUUAAUAUUUCCCGUGCAACUUUACGUUUUUCCAGGAGAGAUGGACAAUAGGAUCCACAACUAGAGGAGAAAGAAGAAGAUGAUAUUGGCGACGACGACGACGACGACGAAGAAACAGAAGAGAGGAGGUAAUAAUGUCCAUAGGAUGAUGACGGCGAUGAUGAUUAUGGACUACAAGAGAAACAAUUACAGGAAGAAGGGGAACAACGUCUAGAGGAGAAGAAAGAAGGCCAGCGACGACUGCAAUGGAGGGAGAGGAAGACGAUGAGGAAAAAAGAGCGAAAGCAUGAAGAAUGAGGGAAUUGAGGAGUAAUACAAGAAAUUAGAUGGGGCAGACAUUCCAUGGACUCCAUAAGCGAGAGAUUGAUUGGAGAGCCCUAAUUCCGAGAGGCCAGCGUCUCCCAGCCGUUGAAAGGCCAUCCCUCCUUGGGCCCUUAUGGUUAGACAGCCAUGCCUAUCGGCCCUUCAGCGCUUUUUCCUCGGAUAUCUUCAUUGGCUUCUCUGGAAUAAGAGGAGAAGAUAAAUUGAACCGGGCAGCCCAGUCGACUGAGGUAAAAUAAGCGAAGGUAAGGUAGAAGGACGGCAAAGAGUACCAGGUAGGCCUGCCGUUGGGAGAAAACCCGUCUGCACAAGCUGAAGAACCAGAGGAAGAUAUUUCUCCGCUGGGAGAUGAAGAGAGAAGAGACGAGGAAGAAUCCUCUCCCCGUGGAGACGAAGAAGGUAGAGAGGAAGACGAACUCUCUCCGUGAGGAGAUGACGAAUGAAGAGAGGACGAAGGAGAGCUCCCUCUACAAUGAGAUGGAGGAAGCGAGGAAGAUGAAGGAGAGCUCCCUCUCUCUCUCUCUCUCUCUCUCUCUCUCUCUCUCUCUCUCUCUCUCUCGCUCCAAGGAGAUUUAGAGAGAUCGGUGCACAGUGGGAAAGGAUGAUCAGAGGUCGCCUCCAGUGGGUUACAGCCGAAUGGCUCCUGUGUCACUGAAAACAACUGAUAUGAACCUUGACCAUUCAUGUGCGUUCUCACCAAGCUUCCGUAAUAAUAUCACCCGUGGAACGCAUGCAUCCGUGGUCCUGCCAAUCUCCUCUUCGGUGCGUCCUCAUGUACAGAGAGAGACAUCGAGAGAGAGAGAUUUAGAGAGAGAAAGAUAGAGAUAGAGAGAGAGAGAGAGAGAGAGAGAGAGAGAGAGAGAGAGGUAGAGAGAGAAAUAAAUAAAGACGCCGUCUUUUUCAUGGGGGUGGGGUUCAGCCCUAUCAAUUACCCCCACUCCACGCCUUGCUAAACGGCUGAGCUGCCCCACUUCGACGACUAUACGAAUCUGUCCCUUAAUGAAACCGAAGAGUAGGUCAUUCCCCUUCUCUCCCCCAAGGAAUGAUGGAUUCGGCGAGAAGCCCACACAAUGGGUUUGACCUUGAUGGAUGCAUGAUAUUCAUGAUUGGAAGAUUAGGCCUUUAGUCACGGGGAGGAGAUGCUUGGAAGAUUCCCAUUUUUUUAUUUAAAUGAGGAGGAGAUCGCUAUUUUUUUUCUCUAGGCGUGGGCAGCUGCGACAACUGCUGAACCGAUUUCUACGAUCUCGGUCUUUGUCCAAAGGAGAAGGAACCCUCGGGACUCUCUCUCAUGGUCUGAUCUCCCAGAGAAGUUUCUCUCUCUUCUAACAACAUAUCCCAUCUGAAGCGAGAAAUCAACGUCCUCGUUGAAGGAGCCGUCGCGAGCGCAUUAAACAGCCUCCCAUCCUUUCCCCAUCGAUCACUUCAGAUCUAUCUGACAAUUCUCUGCGAGAACGGAAUUCAAAUCCACAUCAUAUCGUCCCGAAUAUAUAAAUGUAUAGAAGGUUCUCGUCAUCCUUCUCACUGUUCUAGUGACGAACGGCCGGCAGCUGCACCCGCUGAGCUAUAUAAUGAGAACACCACCAUUCAGCCGGAUCCCUUCAAAACGGAUUAUCUCUAUGUAUAUAUACAUGCCUACAUCUCAUUACUCUGAAUAUCCCUCCCCAACUCAAGACUAAUGAGCAUAUAUGCAUGUCUACGUAUAUACCGAGAGAGAGAGAGAGAGAGAGAGAGAGAGAGAGAGAGAGAGAGAGAGAGAGAGAGGUUCUAUUGUGCUGAAGGAUAAUAGGAUAAUAUCUUCACUCCAGCGCCGGAUUCUGCAAGGAAGUUGUAUUUGUAUGAAUAUACGCCGCAUGAUUCAAACAACCUGCGUCAGCCACGAGAGUCCCCAACAAGCCAUAUAUGUGUCUCCUUGGCUGCGGCGAGAUGAGGAGAAAGAAAGGACUGCUACAGGGAAGAUGGGGGGUUUAGUCGUCCCUCUUCUUACUAUUUCCAUGCACGGCGUCGCCCGUGGGAGUCCAUUGUCGGGUUCACGACCUCAUCUCGAGGCGAGCUGCGGUGGCGCGCCCAGUCGGGCACUGUUGGGGGCCCUGUGCUUACGGGCCGUCUGCCCUAAUAUCUGAAAAGCCAGCAACGAGUGAAUGGGGAUGAACGCGCUUGCCAGGCUCUUCGCCCCUCUCACCAAUUCAAUAUUGGCCUCCUUCUUCAGACAGCCGAAGCCAUGAAUAGAAGUUUUGCUCUGGACGGCGUCUGUCUGAAUGUCCCCCCCCCCCCCCCUCUCUCUCUCUCUCUCUCUCUCUCUCUCUCUCUCUCUCUCUCUCUCUCUCUCUCUCUCUCUCUCUCCAGCACAAGGUAGAAGAACGCAUAUCACCACUGGGAGAUGGGGGGGAGGCGAUGAACGGUCUUCUACAGCGGGAGCAAAGGGGUCGCCACGCUGAGGUCUGUUCACAGUUUCCAGUCCCAAAAGAUCUUUGUCCGAUGUGCCCACAUAUCUAGCUCCAGACGCUACAUUUCUAAUCUUUAUCCUUCCUUAUUCGACCCAGAAGAAUGAUUAAAUUCAAAGGUUCCUCGUCACCGCUCAACUUGGAUCAAGAGUUCCACGUUGCCUUGCCUUCGACCUCAGUGACUCUCUCUUUCUCUCUCUCUCUUUCCCCCCGCUCCUCUGUCUCAGUUGGGGCUGACCUGUUGGCAUGGCAUUGGAGGGGGUGAUCGUUGUAUUUCACGUUGUUCAAUCACAGUUGCCUGAGCUGAACGGCUUUUUGAAAGAUGAGCGUACUUCGCCGUAUGCGCCCACCCAGUCUACAGUAG